AUGGAAAGCGGUUCAUCUAAAUCAACGUCUGCUCCCAAGGUAGAGACGGAUGAUUUUCUAAAAUGGUUUUGGGAAGGAACUAAUGGAAAUGACUUAAUCAAACGGCUGAACAGUUAUGCUCGUCAAGAGGAGAUGUCCGAUCGUAUUCGCCGAGAGAAAUUUAGUCCCCAUAUUUAUGGCGUACUCCUGAAAAAUUCUCCAAGUGAAAUAGAGGGUCACUGUAAGGCAGUUAAAGUUGGUUUUACUCAGCAGUCUAUCAAAAAGGGUGGCAACAAUCGAAUAGAGCAAAUAGAAGCGAAGCUUGAAAAGGAGAAAUUUGAUUCAACACCACUGUUUGUAGUUCCAAUCGGAUGCGUUGACACCACCAAGUUUCACGAUACAGAAGUUCGAAUACGAAAAAAGGUUGGUAGACCACUAAUGAAAGACAAGGCAGAGAAAUGGAAACUGCCUGUACCUACGGAGUGGGUUCUAACAACCCAAAACCACAUUGACAAAAUCAAAGAAAGGAUAAAAUCUAAGAAGGAGGAUGUAGAAAAGUCGGAAGAUUUGAUUGAUAUCUUUAAGGGUAUCGAUGCACCAACUGAUCUACCCAGCAAGUGUCAAAAUUUGGUGAUACAAGAAGAG